AGCCUGCCCGGGGAGCCUUGGCACCCGGAUGCAGAGCAGGUAUGAAAAUCUUCAAUGUAGCGAUCUGCUUGCUGCAGCUGGAAUCAGCCUUUGCCAACAAGCUGUGGAACAUCCGACAUGAAUUGUCCAGCGGAGGUUCGCUGGGCAAUCUUACAGUCAAGCUCAAAGCGGACACGUUCGUGAAUUCCAAGACGACACUGGGCGAGCUUGGCGGAGUUCGUCUCGUAAACUCCAAAGGUGAGUGCAUUAGCUGCACCGUUCCGCUCACUUGCUCGACGCUGGACGAGCCGGAGUACAAGGGAGAAGAUGUCAAGAAGGCUUGCAACUCGAAUCCCAAGGCCGGCGACAAAUGGAGCUGGAAGGUGAACGCCAGCCACGAGUACGACGUUAGGUUAGACUUCCCUCUGGACAAUCUGAACGGGGAGAUGGACUUCUCGGUGGAGGUGUUUUCUGCUGUGGCAGCUUCAGGCACCAACACUGAGGAGGAGAAAGGGCGGCAAGUUACGAAUUGGCUCUCCACGACUGUCAUGGGCAAACCUGGACAUCUUGCAUGGAUGAAGGUUGCCGUGAGCAUCAACGGCGAUUUUUCGAAGGCUGUGCAGGGGGCAGCCGAAUCUCAGAUGCCGGCGGCUGCAAAGGAUGUCUAUGCGGGAGACUGUGUGAGUCCCAAGGACAUCCGCGGCUACCAUGUCACGGAGCUCAGCUUGUUCCGCACGCAGUUCAACGUGAUGGUGGCCUGCGCAGGGAUGUACACAGGAGUUGCGAAAGUGGAAGUUUGCGAGAAGCACAACCAGCCGUACACCCUGUCGGGAUGUGAUCCGGAGAUGUGCAUCGACGACCAGACUGCUGGCUAUGUGGUCAAAUCCAAAUCUUUAGAGAGGGCACAUUUCGAAGUGAAAGCGGAUUGUGACGAGAAAAAUGGCUACUUUGGCACUGCCGGUGCCGAAAAGUGCGGGGGACCUGGUCAGCCAUACACACUCUUUGGCUGUGCGACGACAACCAGCACCACUACCACCACCACCACAGUCACCACUACCACAAGCACAUCUACAGUGACCACAACAUCCACUAUUACUACCACAGUGACCACCACAACCACAGAGACAGAGACAUCUACGAUCACUACAACCUCUACCUUCACAACAACCACUACGACGACCACCACAGCAACUAGUACAACCACUACCACCACGACUAGUACCGUGACGACCACGACCACCACGACAUCCACGUCUACGACCACCACCAGCACCACUACUUCUACAACCACCGAGACCACGACCUCGACCAGCACAGUCACAACAACUACAACGACGUCCACCACCACCACAACAACGGAAACUUCCACCAUAACGGUUACCACAACAACAACCACAUCCACCUCCACUACCACGUCGACCUCAACAACCAACACCGAAACGAGCACAACCACAACGACAAUCACGACCACAACCUUCACAUCAACAACAACAACCACGUCAACAACAACUACUACAUCUACUGUGACUACCACUGAAACAACAACAUCCACAACAACUAUCACCACGACAUCCACAUCGACUACUACAACAACCACCAGCACCACAACCUUCACUACUACAAGUACAACAACCAUUACAAGUACCAUCACAACAACAAGUACCAGCACCACGACCACUACGAUCACAACCACCGAAACACAGACAACUACGAGCACAUCAACAACCACCAUGACCCAAACAACGACGUCCACCAGCACCACAACAACCACAGUUACAUCAACAACCACCACUACCACAAGUACAAUCACAAAAACCACCACCACCACUAGCACAAGUACGACAACAGCCACAACCACUUCUACCACUACAAGCACAACCACUACAGCCACCGUGACAACCACGACUACUACAACCAGCACAACAACUACAACCACCUCUACCACCACGACGACUUCCACAUUCACCACCACCACUACCACAUCCACAACAACCACCACCUCUACCACAACGAUCACGAUUACAACCACAACCACUACAACGUCCACAACUACCACAAGCACGUCAACCACAACCACCAGCACAACCACGACCACUACCACUUCAACCACCACCACCACAACAACAAUAAGCGGAUUUUGCGUUGCUCCACGCAAUGCCAAUGGCUAUUCCAUUAGUGAGAAGAAUUUGGUGUGGUCUGAGUUCAACGUUGAAGUCAGAUGCGCUGCCGGCUAUGUGGGUCACCCCAAAGUGGAGAUUUGCAAGGCGGCAAAUGCUCCAUACAAAGUUUCCGGCUGUGCAGAGUACAUCAACUGCGUAACUCCUUCCAACACUCUGGGCUACCUGAUCACUGAAACUGGCACAGAGCUGCACAAGUGGGAUGUCCGCGCGCAGUGUGCAGCACACUUUCACGGCUCAGCCAAAGUGGAAGAAUGUGACGUCAACGGUGAUCACUAUCGCAUAUCUGGCUGUGCAGCCGACUUGUGCUUGGAGCCCAUGGAUACGGCUGGCUACAAGGUCACAACCACAGCUUUGGAGAUACAUCAGUUCAAUGUGAAGGCAGAAUGCGCAUUUGGCUAUGAAGGUGCUCCCAAGGUCGUGAAGUGUGCUGGUCAUGGUCAGGAGUUUGCGCUUGAAGGGUGCCAACAAACAACUACAACAACUACCACCACCACCAGCACCACAACCACGACCCUCAAGGGUAAGUGCGCAGCUCCAUCAUCAACGGCAGGCUAUGCUAUCUCCGAAGACGACACAGACUGGAGCAAAUUCAGUGUCAAAGUGGCCUGUGCCAAGGGCUACUAUGGACAUGCGCAUGUCUUCGUAUGCGAAGCACCCGACAUGGUGUACUCGCUCUCGGGAUGCGCACAGGUUGUGACGUGCAAGACUCCAGCGGCUGUGGGCUACCACGUCAAGGAGUCCUCCUUGGACCUUCACACUUGGGCUGUCACUGCCACCUGCGGAGACCACUUCCACGGCACUGCGAAGGUGAAGCCCUGCGAGGAGGACGGCCUUCCUUACGAAAUGUCUGGAUGUGCGCCUGACUUGUGUGUUCGCCCGGGAGGUGAGAUUCCGUACACAAAGUUCUCUGAAACUUCGCUGGCACUGUACAACUUUGCAGUGGAUGCCGAGUGCGCCUGGGGCUACGAGGGCACUCCUGUGGCACAAGUUUGCGACGGCGCCAACAAGCCAUAUACGCUGACUGGAUGCGUCGAAACCACUACCACUACUACAUCAACGACCACCACAACUACAACUACAACCACUUCGACGAGCACGACUACAAGUACAACAACCACCACCACAAGCACCACUACCAGCACAACCACCACAACUACUACAACCUCAACCACCACCAUCACUACCACAACCAUCACGACCACCUCGACAACAACAGCUACGAGUACCACAACAACAACAUCGACCAGUACCUCUACGACCACCACUAGCACAACUACGACAACAACGACCACAACCACCUCCACAACAACCUCAACAACGGUCACGACCACGAGCACAACCACCAUUACAAGCACUACCACUACCUCAACAAGUACCACGACGACAACCACCAGCACGAGUACCACCACCACAACCACAACCACCACCAGCACAUCUACAACAACUACUGUCACCAUUCCAAAGUUGGUUUGCUCUGCGCCGACAGACACCACAGGUUACAUCGUCAGUGAGAACAACCUCAUGCAGGAGCACUUCAGCGUGACUGCAGAGUGUUCGGCUGAGUAUAUUGGCAAUGCUGCAGUUGCAUCGUGCUCCGACACCAACGUAUACUAUGGUCUCAAGGGAUGCACCAAGAAGAUCUAUUGCAAGAAGCCGGCAGAUGCAGGCUACGAUGUGACGGAAAACAGCCUCGUGAUGCAGUCAUUUGGUGUGAAAGUUGCCUGUUCCACUGCCUAUCAUGGCGUUGCCCAGGUCACCAAGUGCAGUGACACGAACCACGAGUAUGGCCUCAAGGGAUGCACAGAGAAUUUCUGCACGGCGCCAGAAACUCCAGGCUACGUGGUCUCGGAGCUGGAGCUGCGGCAGCACUCCUUCCAGGUCACGGUGAAGUGUGCUGCUGGCUAUGCUGGCACAGCAAAAUCUGAGAGUUGCACAUCGCAUUUUGGUGAGUACAAGCUCAGCGGAUGCACAAGAAUCGAGGCCUUCUGCGUUGCGCCAAGCGUCACGGACGGCUACUUGGUGACAGAGAAAGAUCUCCGGACCGAUGAGUUCAAGGUGACUGCUACUUGCGCAGCAGGAUGGAGUGGUACAGCGACGGUGUCUCCCUGCGUCGGGUCCACUCCACAGGUGUCCUUUGAAUAUAAACUCAGCGGCUGCACGAGAAAAUCGGAUAUCAAUACCUUCUGCGUCGCGCCAAGCGUGUCGGAAGGAUACGUGGUGACAGAGACAGAUCUCCGAACCGCUGCGUUCAAGGUGUCUGCUACUUGCGCAGCAGGAUGGAGUGGUACAGCGACGGUGUCUCCCUGCGUCGGGUCCACUCCGCAGGUGGCCUUUGAAUACAAACUCAGCGGUUGUUCCAAGACAACGCGAUGAGUCGACGAUGAGUCGGUAACAUUUUUUGCCCGUGAUUGGCAGUGAGCGGUUUGUCCACGCUGCUGGACAGACAACGGAUGCGCA